CUUCUGGGCUGCACUUCGGGAGGUUAACACCUGUGCCCUUGUCAGCGAACCCCCACGGGCUGCUGGCCUCUUCUUCUGAGCCGCAGAGGCAUUAGCUGGCAAUUUGCAACCAACAUAAUGCUAAAGCUCCCAACUUGGAAUGAGCAUUUCACAGAAUGGCACAAACAGAACCUAGUCUGGACCAUGACGUAUCAUGGUUCCUCCUUCCCUCAUACUGGGCUAAAAUGGUUGUGGGAUUAAUUUCUCUCCUCUGCUUUGCUAACAGCUACGAUGGAGAUUUUGUCUUUGAUGAUUCUGAAGCCAUCAUCAAUAAUAAGGACCUCAGGGCGGAAACCCCACUUGGUGACCUGUGGCAUCAUGACUUUUGGGGUAGCAAACUCAGCAGCAAUACCAGUCAUAAGUCAUAUCGACCACUUACUGUCCUAACUUUCAGAAUUAAUUACCUUUUUGCUGGAGGCUUCUACCCCCUUGGUUUCCAUGUCAUCAAUAUAAUACUGCAUUGUACUAUCUCAGUGUUGAUGGUUGAUGUGUUCUCAAUAUUACUGGGUGGGCUGCAAUUCAGUAACAAAGGAAGAAGGCUAAACCUGGCUCCAAAGACAUCUCUUCUAGCUGCUUUGCUGUUUGCUGUACAUCCAGUGCACACUGAAUGCGUUGCAGGGAUUGUUGGCAGAGCAGACCUACUGUGUGCCCUGUUCUUUUUGUUGUCAUUCCUUGGCUACUGUAAAGCAUUUAGAGAACCGAGAACUGACAACAGUUUAGAUAAGGAAGGUCACCACUUUUCUUUAUUCUGGGUUCUGGUGAGUGUUCUCCUAGGUGCAAUAGCCAUGCUGUGCAAAGAACAAGGAAUUACAAUACUGGGUUUGAAUGCGGUAUUUGAUGCACUGGUGAUUAACAAGCUAAACAUUUUAGAGUUUGUUCAAAAGUUACUGCGUAAGGACAAGUUAUUGGAGAAUUCUGGGCUGUUAAGAAAGGGGCUACUUUUCAGGAUUACUCUUCUGUUGUCUGGAGGGGCCAGUAUACUUUAUAUACGCUGGAGGAUUAUGGGCACAGGGCCACCUGCUUUUACUGAAGUAGACAACCCGGCUUCAUUUGCAGAUAGUCUGUUUGUGAGAGCUAUAAACUAUAAUUACUACUAUUCGUUGAAUGCAUGGUUGCUGUUGUGUCCCUGGUGGCUGUGCUUUGAUUGGUCAAUGGGCUGCAUACCCCUCAUUAAAUCCGUCAGCGACUGGAGGAUAAUUGCACUAGCAGCACUUUGGUUCUGCCUAAUUGGCCUGAUAUGCCAAGCUCUGUGCUCAGAAGACAGCCAUAAGAGAAGAAUUCUUACACUGGGACUUGGAUUUCUUAUUAUCCCUUUUCUUCCUGCAAGUAACCUGUUCUUCCGAGUAGGAUUUGUUGUUGCAGAGAGAGUCAUCUACCUCCCCAGCAUUGGAUAUUGUAUUCUGUUUACAUAUGGAUUUAGUCUCUUGAGUAGGAAGGCCAAGCAAAAGAAAAUUCUUGCUGCUGUAGUACUUGGAAUCUUAUUGAUGAAUGUCAUGCGCAGUGCUCUCCGCAGCAGUCAGUGGAGGUCAGAAGAACAGCUUUUUAGAAGUGCACUGUCUGUGUGCCCUCUCAAUGCAAAAGUGCACUACAAUGUUGGCAAAAACUUGGCUGACAAAGGAAAUCAAAGUGCUGCAAUCAAAUAUUACAGAGAAGCUGUAAGGUUGAAUCCUAAAUAUGUGCAUGCCAUGAACAACCUUGGAAAUAUUCUGAAAGAAAGAAAUGAGCUCCAAGAAGCAGAGGAGUUGCUGUCCUUGGCUGUACAAAUACAACCUGAUUUUGCUGCUGCAUGGAUGAAUCUGGGAAUAGUACAGAACAGUUUAAGAAGGUUUGAAGAAGCAGAGCAAAGCUACUGGACAGCAAUUAAACACAGGAAAAAAUAUCCAGAUUGUUACUAUAAUUUAGGAAGGCUGUAUGCAGAUUUGAAUCGCCAUAUAGAUGCAUUGAAUGCAUGGAGGAAUGCUACAGUUCUGAAACCAGAGCAUAGUUUGGCUUGGAACAAUAUGAUUAUAUUGCUUGAUAACACAGGCAAUCUAGCUCAAGCAGAAGCAGUUGGAAGAGAGGCCCUGGAAUUAAUACCUAAUGAUCAUUCCCUUAUGUUUUCUUUGGCGAAUGUAUUGGGGAAAUCACAAAAAUAUAAGGAAUCUGAAGCUUUGUUCCUCAAGGCAAUUAAAGCCAAUCCAAAUGCUGCCAGUUAUCAUGGUAAUUUGGCUGUGCUUUAUCAUCGCUGGGGAAAUCUUGACUUAGCAAAGAAGCACUAUGAAGUCUCUCUGAAGCUUGAUCCUUUGGCACCAGGGACCAAGGAAAACUACAACCUCUUAAGAAGAAAACUGGAACAAUUGCAAAAGAAAGGCGAAGCCUGAUGUUUAUUUUCAGGUUGUCAGUGUAUGCUGCUUACUAUUAACAUUACAUGGCUACUUUUGUCCAUGUAAGGGAUUCAGCCAAUAGUUUUUAAAAGUAAUAACACUACCAAUGUGCACACUUGAACGCUCUUAGAGAUCCUAACAUUUCAGCUGGAGUUUGGGAGAUUUUUUAUUUUUGUUUUCAGACUGUUUUUAAAGUCCCUUAAAAUGUUUAUAUAGGUAUAUAAAGGUAACGCAGAUGGAAUUUCACAGCUGUGAAUAAAUAGCAAUAUUUGCAUUGAUUUGUAAUUUGAAAUCUUCAUCUGAUUUUUUUAGUAGCGGGAUGAAUAUCAAAAGCUGUUUUAUUUCUGAAAGUGAUUCUGAAAAAAGUACAUUUUUCUAUUAAAACCUGAUCUCUUCAGGUAUGAAGAGUACCUGUCCAGUUCAGUUUAAUUACUGCUUUCUCCUGUCAGUCCUACAAAGUUAAUGAAAUUCUGGAAGAACAGAUUCUCACCAGCACCCAGUCUACACUUGUAGUUCUGAGUUACGGCUUUGUCUUGCUUCUGCUCUUCCCUUUGGCGUGUAGGAUUUGUACAGGUGUAAAUGAGAACAAUGACCAUAAAAGGCCUGUCAUCCUGUGUACCGACAGACCAUAAAAGGCCUGUCAUCCUGUGUACUGCUGAGGUAUCCUCAAGUAGAGAAAAUACUCCUAGACUAAGAGAGAGAGAUUAGCAAGCAGCAAAAGGAAAAGAGAGAAGGGUGAUGUGAUGGAGGAGUUGCCGGUCUUCUGUUCUUACAGCAGAGACCUUUGGCAACAAGUCAGAAUUGCUUUAGCUCUGCUGGCAGGCUGGUGAUCUAAAUAGUUUACUGUCUGCAGGAGUUAAUCCUUGUGUUCUAAGGCAUUGCAGUCCUUUCUAGUUGAGGACUUUGCAGCCACUAUAUUGUUGGUGAAUAAAGAAAAAAUUUCUGUGAAGAAGUAACUGAGCAGGGAACCUGGCCCUGGCUGUUGAUGCGUAAUCUGAAGGGAACUCAGAUUCACCUUUGCUCAUGGGUUUGCUGAAGUAGCAGUUAAACAGGCAUAUCUGUUAAUGUGUAAACUGAUCACACUGUGAUGUGGGGGUGAUUCAGAGAUGUUACCCAUUUAUACAGUUUUCAAAAUGCGCCUUGACACAUGUUUAAAUCUGGCUGUCCAGAGUUGUCUUGUGCUAAUGUUUAUGUUCCUGCUUCAGGAAAUAUUCACAUGUCUGUAUUUAUUUUUUUCACUUUUCUGUUUUAUUUUUUUAGAUUGGAAGAUUGCUGUUGAAUGUGAAAACUGAGGAACUUUACCUCUCUUUUCAUAUUCCUGCGUUUGUUUGUUUUUUCCCCAUAGGAAGACAUUGAUCAAUGCAGUAAUUGCAGCUUUCCUAAUUUGUCCAAUGAGUAUUGUAUAGGAGGUUGUGGAAUCGUCUUCAUAUACAACUCAUCUAUGUGUGGAAACAUGUAAAAUGUCGGGGAAAUGCCUGCCAUAGAACAGCAUGUCACGUGACCUUAUCAUCUGACCACCAUGUAAACGGUCUACAUCUGCACUGUGUUUUGAAGCUACGGCAGUCUACUUUUUAAUUAUAACUUUGCUUGGGAUUGAAUGUUGUGUCAAGAACCAAGUGUGUCUACAGAGCACAAUGCAAUACUGCACAGCUACCCAGGCAUCCUCUGAUGGAGUUGGGGUACUACAAGUAGUGCAACUACUUCAAUGUAAUACUUAUCCCAGACUAUAAAUCUGUGGCCAGCAAGACUGUAGCAGUGUGGUGCUGUCCACAGAUUUGGCUUUGAAUGAAUUGAUCUGCUUAAAUGGGCACAAUAUGUUGCCAUACUAAUUCUAGUUGAAGUACCAGAGGUAUGCAUUUGUAUUAAUUCAGUGCUUCUCUCAUGCUAAUAAACCCUGUUUCUCAGCAGGACUAAUUAGUUCAUACAGGGUACUGAGUUGAUGCAACUGUUUAUUUCUUCUGGUUUCUGGAACAAGAUUUUCAGAAAUGAGUUUCAGAAUGCCUUUGUUGGGAAUAAACACGCUCUUUCAGAAGUAUCCAUACUGAUCCAGCAAAAUGCUGUGCCAGUAUGACUAGUCAGCUUUUGAAAACUAUCAUAGUUCAGUCAGUACCAACUUAGGAAUCUGAAACAUGCUGACAUAGAUACACCCUUUGGUAUGAGUUGCCGAUUUUGAAGGUUUUCCAUACAUAGCCUAGUAUGCAUCUGAUAUAGAGAAUACUUAGCUACUUCAGUCAUGAAGUAUUAAAGAGUCAGGAUCCUGCUAGAUGAGGUAGUUUACAGCAGGAAGUAAAUGUUUUAAAUGAAAUCAGGUAGUCUUUGUAUAUUUGCAGUAUGACAUAUUUUAAAUUAUUAUUCUCAUCAUGGAGUUUGUAUGUAUAGUUGUCCCUGUUGCCUGUCACAUUAGCUUUAAAGAAAUCCAGUAGAUCAAUAUUAUGUAUGGGGUAUGAAUUCUCUAGCUUAUUAUGAAUCAAAAGAAUUCUUCUGUGGAAAUCAAUUUGCCCUCCCACUCAAGAGUUUUAGAUGGAAGAGAUAUGCCAAAAAAUUAGACACUUUGUUGGCAUUGGAAAAUGCUGUUUACACUUCAAUGCAUACAACAUGAUCUCUUCUCGAUUAGUUAUCUGGCUACCUAUCAUAUGAUUUGGGGGGGUGGGGGGGUUGUUCGUUUUAUGUCAUUUUUUUAGUGCUGUAGAAAUUCAGUGUGAUUAUUUGUAUGAUGGUAAUAAGGAUACACUUAUGGCUGAGCAUAAUGUUGAGGCAUGUUUGGAUUCAAAAGAAACAACAAACAAGACUGCUUUUUUAAUAAAAAAUUUCCAUAAGCCUUUCAAAAACACUAAAUAUUUUUUUACUUUAUUUUCACAAACAUUUUGAGCAUGCAAAUAAUACCGUGAGUUUUAUUAAAAUGUUAAUAAAUUAAUGUUUUGCUUGUUUUUUCAUACCUCUUAACUGACUCCUAGAGUAGUGCAGAACACACAGCCUGAAAGAAAGAUGUAGAAAAAGUGGUUUUAUAUGUAACCAUUGUUGUACACGUAGUCUGUCCUUUCAGUGUGAUGGAUUUUUCCACCAUUGCUAAUUAUGGAAGACUAAAGUUUCAUCUUUAUCUGCUGACCUGUGUGAUUCUGGAGAAAUGUGGGUACCUUUUUUUUUUUUUUUUCAAUGCCUGCUUGUUUUAAGGAGAGAAAUACAGAAUGAUUCAAUGCACAAAAUGGAGUCAGAAAAAUGUUCACAAUGACUGCUAUGGAUAACAGUCACUUUUUAGCAAGAACUCCGCAAAUGAUUCCCUCACUGUAUGUUUCUCUCAUGUCUAGGCCAGUGUCAAGCACGUGAAGUUUCCAUUAUUUAAUUUCAUACUUAGGAUUUAAACUUGGAAUUGGGGGGAGGGGGGUAUGGAACAUAUCUAUGAGCACUGAGAAAUAAAGAUCUUCAAUAGUAUUUGAAUCGUUCGUUUAAAAUAUUGGGGCUAUUAAGUGCAAACUGUUUCCUCUAGGCUUCAGAUAUAGAUAUCUGAGCUCUUCAUCCUAGUUUCUCUGUAGCAGGUACUCUGAAACAUGAUUCAUCUCCUAAAGGAAGCAUCUUUAGGAUGUGAGAUGUCAUGUACUUGAAGCAAUUAUUCCUCUCCACUAAGUUCAAAGGGUGGCUAAGGUGAUCAGCUCAUAUAUACAAAGAAAAUCUCACUCUGCUGCUUUCACCUGACUUAAGGAAGUCCUCUGCACCUCUCUCAGAGUACAUUCUUUGCACCAAGAAUGUUAAAAGGCUAGCAUGCAGGCAAAUUGGCCGGUGCCUGCCUUAAGAGUCCUAGUGGCUGGUUGAAGUAGAGGA